AUGAAAGACAGGCUCGCUUCGUCGAUCGUUGAUGUUUUACUGCAACGAGCUAAAGCAAAAUAUAUGAAUAUGGCGAAAGUUGACAUGCUGUCAGCUUUAAGACACUUUCCUGGAUUCAAACCGAACGUGUUUAAUCACAUUUAUCCGGACUACACGUGUUCAACUGCAUUUUGUCUGGAGGGCGCCAUUCCUGUUUGUCAUACAAGUAAAAUAGACAACUUACCGGUGGCAAUAUAUCUCCGAGACACUCAUCCUUACAAGGCGCCAACAUGUUACGUGUGUCCAACGACGAAUAUUGUACUGAGGGAAUCCGACACAGUGGAUGAGUUAGGACGCAUUUCUUCAACAUAUCUUCGUAAUUGGACCUUUCCAGGAAAUCAUUUAAGUGGUUUAUUACAAGUUAUGAUGGAUGUACUUCCAAAAUUUCUGCCCAGUGAUUCAGAAACUUAA